CAACAAACACAUUUGAUUACAGAGCGAGAGAGAGGAGCUUUGACAUUCGAUGGAGAGAUCCCAAGAAGAACUUGAAGCUUCCAACAAUGGCGGAUCAUCACCGAACAAGAUAACUGGAUCUGUUGAUGAAGAGGUAGAGUACCCACCUUUAAACUUGGCUCUAACAGUCACUCCAGAGUUUCUCAAGCAGAUUGAAUCACUCCAACAACAACAACGUCAUGACUCCAACUCAACUCCCCCUGGAAAGACAAAACCUAUGAGUUUCCCAAUCUCGAAGAUCACAAUUGGUGAAUGGACCCGCGACGCAGUCUACGAGCAAGAUCUCAAGGGUAAAAUCUAUUUUGCAUAUAAGAAGAUCAUGUGGGAGUGUCUCGAAGACGACGUAACAACAGAAACAACGAGAAGGAGGAGUAGGAAGAUUGAGAUGCAAUGGUGUGAUGUCUUGUCUCUUAAACCAUGGUACCAUCCACAUGAUCAAACCGGAAUCCUUAGUGUCGAGCUGAGAAAACCUCCAACGUUCUUCAUAGAGACUAAUCCACAGGCACUAAAACACACUCAGUGGCAAAAGUUGGAUCAAGAUUUCACAUUUAAUCACUCUGCUUCUCGUAGCAGGAUGCAUACACUUCAUUUUGCUCCUGGAGUUCUGCAAGCGAAUAUGGAGAAGCUUGUGUCAGGCGAUAGGUUUUGGUCAGAACUGGUCAAAGUCCACUUCCCAACUUCGGAUCAUCUUUACUUCGACAUUUGCCAUGGUAACCACGAGGACAGCAACAACUAAUGACUGAGUGUACUCCUGAUAUUGACAUGGGAGAGAUGAUUUCAACGGCAAAUGUAUAGAACCCACUACUUACUAAAGUUAUAGCUUCUUCUUCUGUUUCCAUUUAUAGAUUUGUCCUCUUUAGGUCUUUUUUACUUGUUGUAUAUAUACCUCCUCUUGGGGUCUUGUAAUGCAGAAAGUGCAUAUUCACAACACGGUUACUUGUUGUGUAAAUAUAAUACAUGGUCAACCUUUGAUUUUAAUGAUUGCAUGGACAAUUCAUAGAAACUAUGAUAUUUUUUGGCUUUUCAAAUUAUUAAAAAAAAAAAAAGAUGAUGGCCAACUAAGAGUUAUUGAAACGAUAUUGACAAAACUUUAUUGGGCAAAUCUCCAAAAUAGCACCUUUCAAAGUUUAUAUCACAAAAAUAGCACUCAAAAACUAAAAUGACCAAAAUAGCACAUUUCUAAGUUUAUCCUUUGAAAAUUUUAAUUUUUUUAUUUUUCAAAAUUU